AAGAACCUUGAAAGUAAUGGCGGAAAUCAAACUGGCGGAUAUCAGUCACGAUCAACGCCUCCUCGUACCCGAAGAAACUGCAUCCACUCGGUGCCUCGCCGGAAAGAGACGGCUUGCUUCUCUCGACAUCUUCCGCGGCCUCACUGUCGCUUUGAUGAUUCUCGUGGAUGACGCCGGAGGAGACUGGCCAGCGAUUGCUCACGCUCCCUGGGAAGGUUGCAAUUUGGCGGAUUUCGUUAUGCCUUUCUUUCUGUUCAUCGUCGGCGUCUCCGUCGCGCUUGCCUUCAAGGUUCUCUCGCAUCUCAUCUUCCAUUUCAGUUUCGAACUCGACUCACUUGUUUUGCCCUUCAAUUUCCUACGGAUUUCGAACAAAUUUGAAGCUUGUAAGAAGGUGGGGUUUAGGACCUGCAAGCUCCUCUUCUGGGGUCUUCUACUACAAGGGGGUUUCUCUCACGCUCCUGACGAGUUAACCUAUGGCGUUGAUGUGACUAUGAUGAGGUUUUGUGGGAUUCUACAGAGAAUAGCUUUAUCCUACUUGGUAGUAGCAUUGGUGGAAAUCUUCACAAAGGACUUACAUGAGGAGGAGAAUCUGUCAACUGGAAGGUUCUCAAUAUUCAAGUCAUAUUAUUGGCAAUGGAUUGUGGGUGCAUCAGUUCUUGUGAUUUAUCUGGCAACAAUCUAUGGAACUUACGUUCCUGACUGGGAAUUCGUCGUCUCUGAUAAAGAUAGCAUUCUCUAUGGGAAAAUCCAAUCUGUGCCAUGUGGAGUGAGAGGAAAGCUAAACCCUUCUUGCAAUGCUGUUGGAUAUGUUGACAGACAAGUUUUAGGGAUCAAUCAUAUGUAUCACCAUCCUGCCUGGAGACGAUCCAAGGCUUGCACUGAGAAUUCCCCCUAUGAGGGAUCUUUACGCCAAGAUGCACCGUCAUGGUGCCAUGCUCCGUUUGAGCCUGAAGGAGUCCUAAGCUCCAUAUCAGCUAUUCUUUCUACAAUCAUAGGAGUCCAUUUCGGACAUAUUAUCUUACACUUGAAGGGUCAUUCAGCUCGGCUGAAACAUUGGAUCUCCACCGGUCUCGCUCUCCUCGCUCUUGGACUAACUCUACAUUUCACCCACUUGAUGCCUUUGAACAAACAACUCUACAGUUUGAGCUACAUAUGCGUGACCUCCGGUGCAGCCGCGCUCGUCUUCUCUGCCUUGUAUUCUCUGGUGGAUAUAUUGGAGUGGAAGCACAUGUUUCUUCCUCUAAAAUGGAUAGGCAUGAACGCAAUGCUUGUCUACGUGAUGGGAGCUGAAGGCAUUUUGGCUGCUUUCUUCAACGGUUGGUACUAUCGCCACCCGCGCAAUACACUGAUAAAUUGGAUUCGGGAGCAUGUGUUUAUCCGAGUUUGGCAUUCAAGAAGGGUUGGUGUCCUGAUGUAUGUCAUUUUCGCGGAGAUUCUCUUCUGGGGUUUGCUCACUGGUGUUUUCCACAGAUUCAACAUCUAUUGGAAACUC